UUAAUUUGUGAGCUUGGCUUUAUUUUAUGAUUCUAUCAACCUCUGACCAACGCACGCGCUUUCGUUUUGCGAUUGGGACGGGGCUGAACAUUUCAGUCAAGUUUCCGCGCUUCAAAAGGAUCCAUCUUAAGUAAGGGCAGCCGAGCUUCCUCUCGCAGCUUUGUUAGGAAAGCACCCAUCUUUCCAAAAGGCACCCGGCUUCCCAUUUCGCCGCCUGUCUGUUUACCGGGGAGGAAAGCGGGCGCUUUCUGCCUUCGACCGCAUUGGAAAUUAUAAGGAACGGGAGCCAUCUUUGCUAUGGGAAAAUGAAGGCUUCCCUGGAAGAACAGCGUCGCUUCUUCCGCCCCAUUUCGAGGCCCGCUGGCCCUUUGGGAGAGGCGUCGACGCUACUAGAUAGGGCGAAAACGUCAGCUGACCGGGGGGCUCGUUUUCCAAGAUGGCCGCCUGGCAGGAGAUGCCGCUGUCAGGGAACAAGAGGAAAAAAGGCGGCGUGAUCGUGCUCUGGUCCUUGGGAACCUUGUGCUUGGCUUGUCUCGCGGCGCAGGGCGCGGCGGGCGGCGACCCUUCUCUGAAGUGCGAAGACCUGAGAGUCGGCCAAUAUCCUGAAGCUGCGCGGAGGCAGCGCCUGGUUGCCAUGGUGAUGGGCCUUGCAAUGGGUUGGGGAGGGCCGUGGGGCUGCCCCUUUUCCCGUCAGAGCUCCUGUGAUUUAAAACACCCGAGGAGGCCUUCGCACCACUUCAGCUGCAUGCUGGGCAGAAGCUACACCUGUUGAAUCUUUUGUAGUCUUAAGGGGCACAGUAGCUCUGCCAUACACAAAAAAGUGGCAGCUGCAAAGUGGCAAGAUAUGGGGGGAAAUAUAUGUUUAAACCUCAUGAAGUGACCUCAUCAAGCAAGGCUAUCUGACAUCAGGCAGUGAACAGGUGUAGAAAAAAUAUUUAACCUGAGUAAAAGGUAAAGGACCCCUAAAUAGGGGAAGGGCUAAGAGUAGUGACUCCUCUUUUGUCUGUCGCUGUGUUAAUAUGUCUUUGAAAUGGUUUUGGGGUAACAUGUAGUACAAUCACUUUAUUUGAAUCUGUGAUGUGUUGGACUAAAGGAAUGCUAAUAAAAUUAAGCAGAAAAAAGUCUAGUUCAAGAAUGGAGAGUUUGGCUCUUCAGAUGUUAUUGGACUCCAACUCCUGUUAGCCUCAGCCAGCACAGCCAGUGGUCAGGGAUAAUGGAAGUUGUAGUCUACAAACAUCUAGAGAUCCACAGGUUCCCCACACCUGUUCUAAAUAAAUGGGCUGCCUGUCUGAGGCCCUGGGUCAUAUUUUGUUGUGGAUAAAAGUACAACAUUUAAUUGUUUUAGCAGAGCAAGAAAGCCAGGAUAUUAAACUAUGUUUUAAAUAACAUUUUUAAACCAUAGUUUAAUAGCAUAUUAAUUUGUUAUGAAACUGCUAACUGUCAUUUCCUAGAUUGGAUAAAAUGGGAAACUAUACUGAAUAGGUUUAAUUAUAGUUCAUACAAAGGGCUGUCUGGGUACAAGCAAAAAUCUUCCUCAGAUUUUGGCUUAUUUAAACCAUUUUAUGAUUGUCUGAUCUCUUCCAUUUUGUUUGUCUCACAUUAUUAGGAAGAGAUAGAUAAAUACCAGGAAACAGUGUGUCUCUUGUAAAGCCUAGUUAAGCACUUUGUUUUUCAAAUACAAAGUUUAUAUGUUUAUAUACCCAAAAUAUUGGUAAUAAGAAGGAAAACAGGCCACUUCCGCCUGUAAAAUCUUAGGCAGAUAAAAACAAUUUAUCGUAAUUUACUGUGUUGUUAUUGUUGAACACUUAACAUGGGAGUUCAGUUUAUAUUUGUUUUCCUUAAUUAUUCAAACAUAUAUUUGUGAAGAUCCUAAAAUAGACAAUGAAACACAAGAACCUUUGAACUGUACAAAUCACACUGCAUAUGGUAAGGAGUAUGGCAAUAGAAUGCUUUUAGUCUAGCUACUGGUGCAUAUUAUUUGACUAAAUGCUGUUCAUGAUAAACACUAGUUCCUGCACCCAAUAUUGAUAAUGUAUAGUGGUGAUCAGUAACACUGUGUAUGGCACAAUUUAUAAUUGAAUGCAUAAUUGGUGUAUUUAUUUACAGUGGUAUGUGAACAUCUUUGGUCCACAACCUUCUAUGCACCUUGAUAGUCUAUGUUAAUUUGUACUUCACGGUCUUGUCAUAUAUAUUUUGUUUAGCAUAGCUAAGUGUCAUAGGUGCAAAGAAAUUUGUUCAACCAUUUUAUCAUCCUAGUCAUUACUUUAUAAUGUUAAUUCAGAAAACUUAACUUGUAUAUUUCCACUUUUUCGAGAAAAUAUUUUAUAUUGAAUCUGUAGUACAGUUGCAUUCUUCUAUGUGUAGUAUUAGCUGUCUUGAUAAAAACAUGCAUAUAUUUAUUUCACUUGUUCUGUAUUUGAGGCCUUUCCCUGGAGUUUAGUACAGAAUGCUUUUUUUUUUUUUUUUUGCCUGCAGUCGCCUGUCUUCCAGCACCAAAUAUUACUUGCAAGAAUUUAUUUGGGAAUGAAACCCAAUUUACUGGAAAGGAAAUUGGAUUUUACAAGCCUAUAGAGUGUCGAAACGUGUAAGUGAAUAUUUUUGUUCAAUAUAUAAUGCCACCACUUGUUGUAAAGCUUGGCUAAAUUAAUUAUAAAAUUGUUCAUAUACUUCAGCCACCUCCUUAGUCUGAAGUGUGAUUUAGCCCUCUUCCUUCUCAGCUCUAUGACAGGAGAGUGUAGAGGAGUAACACGUCAGUUUUAAGAAAUUGUAGUAAAACUGCUUCACAUCUAAGAGAUUCAGCCCAGUUUUGGCACAGAAACUGCUUGGGUCGCCUUGUAUGAUUACCUCUGUCAGGGGAGAGACAGGGAAAAUAUGUCCCUGUUAAUUCUCCUUUACUUCUCAGCAACUUUCAAUACCAUCAACCAUGGUAUCCUUCUGGAGUGGCUGUCUACGUUGUGGGUGGGUGGCACUGCUUUGUGGUGGUUCCAGUCCUACUUGGAUGGUUGUUCUCAGAGGGUGAUGCUUGGGGAGCGUUGCUUGGCUCUGUGGAUGCUUCAUUUUGCGGUCCUUAGGGUUUGAUUUUAUCCCCCAUGCUGUUUUAACGUAUACAUGAAACUACUGAGUGGGGUCGUCCAGAGGUUUGGAGUAUGUUGUGAGCAAUAUGCUAAGAACCCACAGCUCUACUUCUCCAUUACAUUUGCAGGUGUGGCAGUGGAUGUCCUGGACUAAGGUCUUGCCUUGUUAAUGGACUGGAUGAGAGCCAAGAAACGAGCUCAAUCCAGAGACCUAGACACUACUAAAUGGGUGACUCCUUAGACUGGAUGUAUGAGAGGUUGCCUGCUCUUGAUGGGGUUACUCUCUCUCUGAAGGAGCAGGUAGAACAGCUUCCAUUGCUGUUCCUUGAGGCUCAGGUGACCUCAGUGGCAUGGAGUGCCUUCCAUCAGCUUUGGCUGCUGGCCCAAAUGCACCCUUAUCUUGGUAGAGGUAGCCUAACUUCUGUUGUCUAUGCUCUGAAAACAUAUAGGUUAGAUUACUGCAACAUUUUAUAUUGGGAGGGGCUGCCUCUGAGGACAGCUUGGAAACUUCAGCUGGUUCAGAAUUCAGCAGCCAGAUUGCUCACUGGGGCAAGGUGGUUUGAUUUAACAAAUUGUUUUCAUCCACAUUUCUCUCCUGUUUCUAGAAAUGGUUACUCCUACAAAGUAGCGGUGGCUCUGUCUUUAUUUCUUGGAUGGCUGGGAGCAGAUAGGUUUUAUCUAGGGUAUCCUGCAUUAGGUGAGUGAUUUAUCUUCUUAGUAUUAGGCCACCGCUAUGGCUCACUAUGCAUCAAGGCAGUAUUAAGAGCAGGUGCCAUUCAUACUGUAAACAAAGAUGAUUACACUGAAGAUUAUGAUGUAUGUGUAUUUUUGAUCACAGCUAGAAUGUGAAGUAAUGAAAAGUACAAUUUGUGACCUAAAUUUAUCCCAUGUAUAUGAUGAAUAAGCAUUAAAACUCAGUUGGUAGGCUAGUCAAAUCAACCACCGUAUUUUAAAAGUAAAUAUUUAUCACAAGCCUGCCAUUUCAGAUCAUAUUGUGAAGCUUCUCCAUUGAAUUCCAUGUUUACAAGCCAUGCCUGCUUCCUAGGCAUCUGUGUAUCAAAGAGCAAAAAGAGAACUUAAUAAAUGCUUCGGCUUUUUCCUCUUGCCCUCAGCAGCCUUUCUUAAGAGAAUUCUCAGUCAGGCAUUAGCCCCUUAGUCUGUCCUGACCUUGACCACACUGAAAACUUACUUACAUGAUAUGCCCCUCAAUCUUGCCUAUAAUUCUCAUAGGGAUCUACACUAAUCACAUAGCUUUAAAUAUCCUCUUUCUUCUCUCCUUUCUUCCCUGCUCCCAAAUUUAAACUACUUUUGUCAUUUCGAUACCCUUCUUGGCUGUAUACUCUGUAAAAUUAGAGUAUUCCACAGUCUUAAUACUGUAGUUAUUAAGAAAUAUGAGGUGCUAUUUGAUCCUCAAUGUGAUCUGGUAGAAGUCAUUUGGCUUAGGCUUUGUCUGAAAACAUUCAUAACGUGGUAAAAAAAUAAUAAUGGUUUUAGUAUAACAAGCUGCCUGAUACUAUGCAUGCUUGCUGAGUUUAGUGUGUUGAGGCUAUGGUUGUAUACUCAUUUAUCCAAAUAAAUAGGAGUUUUGAAAAGAAUGAGGGUAAAAGACAACAAAAACAGCCAAUGUGAUUGACAACACCCACUCAUAUGCUUCACUAAGGUCAAGGAGUUAAAAGGAGUUGAUGGAGCAAGUGUGUGUGUGUGUUUGUGUUUGUUCCUUCUAGGAUUCUUCAUGGCUUGAGAUGAAGUCAGGAUAAACCAGUGUUGUCCCAACUGAUACCAGCAAUCAAAAUGAUUGGCAGCACCCUAUCAAACAUACACAACAAAACUGAGAAGGGUCUAGGAAAAUAUCUACCAGUCCAAGAAACACUUUUUUAAAAAGAGAAUUCAUUCACAUGUGAAUAUCAUAGGCUUAGAAAAUAGGUUAGUAGACAUUUCAGAGAUAUUAACUUGUGUGGAAUCAUAAAAAAAUCUCUUAGAGCCAUUUUAUCAUGGUUUUUGUCUUCACAAAAUGACUCCACAUUAAAAAAGCUUUUCCGUCUUGGCAUGAAAUGUACUGCCAGACAUCAGUACUUGGGCAUAUAAGGCGCCUGUCAGGUCCCUAAAAUGCAAGCAGCUCUACAGGAAGACUUGCCUGACUGUUGCCUCAGCAGAAAAUGCUAUAGAGGUAGAAGACAAGUAUCUUUUAAAGAAUUGGCACAUGUUGCUUUUCUGUUAUUUUUGCAUUUUUUCCCUGUUGCCAGUAAAUAUUUUGGUAGUAGCUGGCCUUGCUGUUUUGAGACACUGUUGGCAGGAGUGGUGCCUGUGCUUUUAUAUGCUUGGCUAAAGAUGUUUUAAUUAUUUAUUUGCCCAUAUUUUUAUAAGUGUAGCAAUCCUCAUGUACCCAUUUGGAGUGAAACCCAUUCAGAUUAUAGAGUGUCAUUUUGGUUUUUCCCAAUGGAAUAACAACCCAUUAAGUCUGUCAUUCUUCUUCAUGUUAGACAAAUAUACAGUUCUGGGACUCCAGUGUAUUAUUACAAUGCUUACAAACAUUCUGCUCUCCCAUGUAAGCAAAUGUAGAUUGUUCCAAAUCUUUCCUAAAUUGCUACAACAUUGCUACUAUAUUAACACUGUUCUUUUUUUUUAUCACUUUUGUCUUGGAUUGGAAGCUGUUUGGACAGGGACCUGGCCAUAGCAUCAAACGGACUCCUAGCAUUAGAUAAAAUAAAAUUCUCAACGGCCAUCUUCCAUAAUAUCAGGGAGCAAUUCCCUACCAAUCAGUUUAAUAAUAAUAAUAAUAAUAAUAAUAAUAAUAAUAAUUAUUUUUAUUUAUACCCCGCCCUCCCCAGCCAAGGCCGGGCUCAGAGCGGCUAGUUUAGAGGGUUUUCUUUCCCCCUUAUACUUUCUGUACUGAAGUCAUUUACAUGUAGCUGUCUAAAUUUACAGCCUGGGGGUGAUAUCUACUGUCAUACUUGGAGUAGACCAAUUAACAUCAAUGAAUUUAAGUCACUUAAGUCUAUUGAUUUCAAUGGGUCUAACUCUUUACUUAGUUGGAGAUCACCCUGUGUUUGUUUGUGGCCAUUCCAAGUUACCCACCGUAUUUUGCUAAUUGUAGUGUACCAGUCAAAGCCACAUCUCUCCCUACAAAAAUUCUAUUGGGGGGGGGGUGUAUGUGUAAAGUAAGCACUGAAAAAUGACUUCUUGGCUACACAUAUUCUUCUUCAGGAUAACACUCAAGGGCUUCUAAGGAAUUGAAAGAUGUUUUAUGAAGGAAAAUAUAUCGUUGUCUAAAAACUAACACUCUAAACCUUUUUAUGCUCUUCAAUGUAUGAUUGUCACUUAAUUCACAGGUUUAUUAAAGUUCUGCACAGUAGGAUUUUGUGGAAUCGGUAGUUUAAUAGACUUCAUUCUGAUUUCAAUGCAGGUAAGCUUGCAACAUCAGAAUAAAAGACAUUGGCUAGGAUCCAAAAAGCUACUUAGAUUUCCGCAAGGGACUUGUGCUAGCCCAGCAGAAUUCUCCUUUCCCCCCAUUUGAACAGCUGAUUCCCAUGCCAUGUCAAUAACUGCUUUUAAAACUUUCCUCAGUUUCAAAAGCAGUUUGCUAUAGGGCUGUUCUGUUUUUUAAAGAAUAUGUUUUACAUUUUUUUUUUAUUCCAGCAGCUCUAGUUUAUUAACAUUUAAUUAUUUUUGAAUAGUAGGAGUUAUAUAACAAUGAAAUAUUUGUAUCAUUUCUGAAAGAGGCCCCUGGAACACAAUUUUUCCAUACCUUAGUCACUGCUGGGAAAAGUGAAAUCAUGUGGGAGGCAGGUGCAGAGGAGGGGAAAACACUAAUAAAAUAUAUGAGGCUUGGCAGUCCAGAAAAGUGUGUGAGAGAGGUUCCUAGAUUUCAGAUUUCUUUUAUUUAUUAAAGACUACAUAUUCAGAUUGUUAUGUUCUGAGGCAAAUCUUCCAUAAUUGGGAGGACUUUGCUUUCCAUUGUUGUACUAUUAGUCAGCUUAUAGACCCAUGCCACCUAAUUUUUACUUAUAACCUGUGUUACAUACAGGCAACUCCCCAUUUACACACAUUCGAGCCAUGCGCGACUGCUGGUGCGCACACCAUUUUCAGCACUGGAAGGGGGUAGGGCGGACUUACUUGCAUCCCGCCAACACGCACAGUGCCUUGGAAUGCAACCCCUGCAUAAAUGGGGAGUUGUCUGUAUAUAGUUGAGAACCACAAAGAUAAAGCCACAGUAUCUGCUAGUCUCAAAAUGCAUGUUUUGCUAUGUGAUCUAAACCAAGCACUGCCAAAUCAUAUGAGCUGAUUUAGCCUCCAUGUAUUUCAGCUUGAACAGCCGGCUAAAAAUGUUGACUUAACCUUUACCUAUCUGACUGAUGUUCACUAUUUCUUGACAUCAUGCUCUCUUGGUCGACAUGUAAUAGCAAGUAUGAGUAACAGGUUCUAUAUUCAAUCUGUAUUAAUAUGCUCCACCGAGCAUAUUUCUAUGUGACUGAAGAGCCAGAACCACACAAAAAGAAAGUAAAUUUUAAAAUGUAUUAAGACUAAAUAACUGGCACAUUGUGAGAAAUUGUAAAUAUCCAUUUAAAAUGGCGAAAGCAUGAGAUGAAUAAACAGAAAGUUACAUAAAAGUGAUCAUACUACAAUAGAUGUAAUAAUGGGGCUACUACAAAUGCUGAAGAGAAGAAAUAGGAAGUGUUUGUAUUAACUAUGUGAGAUAAAACAAGAAAUUAUAAAUGAAAAAUGAAAUAUAAGAAAGCAGUUACCUUAACACCCUCCCUGCAGUCUAGCUAACUCAAAAACAGUAGGAAAGUUUCACUUUAUUAUAAAGGUAUUCUGAAACAAUAUACAAAAAGUUACUUAAGAUUUUAAAGCAAGUAAAUUAAAUGUAUGAUACAUAGAUAUGUGUUUCCCAAAUAUUGAGAUAGAAUUAAGGGCUUUACGGAAUAAUGAAUAAAUAAAUGACUUUAAAUUUGGAAAAUAUUAAGCAAAGGUUUAUAUCUACAAGAAUUGCUAUGGUAAGGGCUACUGGUUUCUGUUGGAAAUAUUUAGCUAAAAUAAAUCAUAAGGUUUAGGGGAAAUAAAAAAUAGAAUGUAAAAGGAAAAAUCCUAGAAAAACUAUGAAGCUACUCCUGGAAGCACGUUUCCUCGUCUUAGCAAACAGACAACCUACUCUCCAUCUCCCCACACCACCAAGCUAGCAUGCCUUCAGGGAAUGUGCUGUUGAGGAGGGGGAUGCCAAUUAAGUUAAAUGUAAGAAAAUAUCAGGAGAGAGAAAGAAGCCCCCUCCUUGGUAAAGUCCACUUCUGUAUGAGUUUCACUAAUAUAGAGCCCCUCUCAUUUCAAAUCAUCUGACACAAUCCGAAUACUUUGCUCAUUAAAAUUACUCUUUAAUUACUUUAGGCCUUGACCCAAUAUUUAAAAUUUGUGCCUCUUCCUUUACUUUCAGCUCUGAGUCUUUCAGCUUUCCUUAUCAGAACUAUGUUAUAAAUUCUGCCCAAGCCUGGAAGAAGAUCCUUGAAACCACCUGGUUCCUAGCCAAGAUUGUACUCUCCUUUCUCAAACUAAUUGCCCCAAACAAAGGCUUCUAUCUCUAAACAGGGAAGAAAAUAUUCGUUAACAUAAAAAUAAUCUUGUAAUGUAACAAGCAUAUAGUACAAAGGCACACAGCCGGGCAAUUAGUGGAAAACGGGUGAAGACUUCACUCACCACAAACUUGAGUACCCAGUUCAUAUCUUACACUCCCCUUUCAUGCCAUAGUUUGUAACUGGGGCACUUUUCCUUGAACAGUUGCUUCCUGGUUUAAUUAACAGAGAAAUAGGUAACUCUUAAACUCUGAACAGGAAACUUGUACAAUCAAAAGCUACCCCAAAACAGAAAUAGAUGAAAGUAAUAUUUUAUUCCAGUCCCAAUUAAACAAAAAAAUCUGUAUUGUUCCAGCACAGGUUUGAACGGAUCACAGUGAUAAAUCCUCUCUGUUUCCUUGUUUUUAAUUAGAAUUGGGAGAACCAUAAUUUGCUCAUCUGCAGACCCGUUGGUGUGCUAUCAGAGAGCUGUCAACCAUCCAGACACACAUCUUCAGAGGAAGAUAUAGGGCCCAUCACUGUGUUUAUCUCAAAGUUAGAAUUGUAGGAAGAAUUAUCCCUGUAUCCAAUUAUGCUUUCUCCUUAAAAUAUUUGACCUAGGCAUAAUAAUAAUCAUGGCUUCCUGGAACCAAACUUUCGUUCAUAUGAUCUGCUCCUGUACAGCCCCCCAGAACCCAGAAAAUAAGUUCAAAAACCAACCAGGUCCACCCAUGUUGUUAAAAUUUUAAAGACAAACAACGUAUUAUAAUAUUAUUAUUUUAAUAUAGAUACUUUGCCUUUUUUCCUGACAGGGACUCAAGGUGGCUUACAGCUAAAAUAGAAACAACUUCCAUUCAUUUGAAGGGAUUUGCUCUACCCUCAAAUUCCACACCUCUUCUUGAACCACAAUAUCAUAAAACAUAGAGGUGUAAUACUAGUAGGGUAGGUAUAGCUGUAAGGAAUCCUGGGGUGGCAGAUAGAACUUAAACUUCAGGGCCAAAAAAUUAAGUUGCUAUGAAGCAUAGUUAUAGACAUUUCCACUCUGUUUUUGACACUUGGAAGGUAUGUUAUUAAUUUUUGGACGUUAACUGCCAGUGAUUACAGUUCUCUGGCUUAAAAUACAGGAAGUGGGGUUUGGUGGUUUUUUUUAGCAGUGGGGCUUAGAAUAGAUGAGUUUUGUACCUGGCCAGCUAAUGAUUAAAAAUAACUUUCAAGGUUUAAAAUUAUUGUACGCCAGAAAUAAAAUACUCAUGGAUUCAAGAGGAGUUUUGGCAGAAUAAUUUCAUGUAUUAACACUUUUCUCAGUUUGCCAUUACAAAGGAAGAAGUACAUGUUUGUGGAAGUUUUAUACAAUACAAGUACAGACAUUAAACUCCUUGAUUUAAAUCUCCCCAUUCAGGCUCCUCUCAGCUUCUCUGUUCAGCGAUGUUAGCACUUAGGUAAAACUGAUAUGACAUUAAAACUGCUAGAACAUAAUUUCACAGCAUGGGAGGGGUAACUGAAAUUAUGAGCCUAUCUUAUAUAAUACUGAACUUAAUCCAUUACAACAGUGUGCUUGAAAUUCCAUGUUGCCAUCAUAGGUAUAAAUAAAUUUGUGAGGUUUCUGGGAUAAAUUGUAAACACCUGCCAAUUAAACAUUUUAAUGCAAAGAUCGGAUUUUUAUUUGGGUCAGCUUUUAUAUUAAAUUAAAGAAAGUUGAGGAUGAGAAGGAUGUUUACCAAAGGGAAUGUUUCCAGAUUAUUUUGGCACUAUGUAUUUACUUCCUAAAUAGCCUUAAAUGGUUGCUGAAACUGUUGCUUAGUAAAAACAUUUGAUUGUGCUUGACACUUGAAGAGCUGGUUCUUUUAAACACAAAACAGUGUUUCUGAAUUUCCUAAACACAGAUGUUUGUGGAAAUAUAUGUGUCAGUAUUCACAUGUAAAGGUACUGUAGUGUGAUUUCCACCCUACUGUUGAAACUUCAGAAAAUGUCAGCAGUGUUACAACAAUUUAUACAUGCUACUGCAUAUUCUCCUGUAGGAAUCUUGUGGCUUUUGUUUGCUUCUAAGUCCCAGCUGCACCUAAAGAUUCAUGCGCCCACCACCUGACUGAAACUAAGCAGGUCUCAGUCUGGUUAGUGCCUGGAUGGGUGACUGCCUGUAAACAUUCUUGGGUUCUGGGCAGGGAGAGUAUAUAAAUGAGUCACCCGACAAACAUUUAAAAGAGAAUUCCAGUCAUAUUUGUUUUGGAAUAACAAGCUCUAAUAAGUAGUUUUAGCUCUAAUUAGAGGUUUUAUGUCUUGCUGGGCUAGGGUAAUGGUUUUAAUAGAUUCUUUUUCAUAUAUACUGUUCAAAAUUGUAUUUUGUUUUAUUUUUGUUCAAAAUGAUUUUAAAUAUAUAUAUAUAUUGUAAUACAUUCUCUUUUAGAUCGUAGGACCUUCUGAUGGCUCUAGUUACAUCAUAGAUUAUUAUGGAGCAAGACUUACCAGACUGAGUAUUUCUAAUGAGACAUUCAGAAAACCACAAAUAUACCCUUAAACAUGCCAGUAAGUGCCUUGAUUUGGGUAUGUUAAAAAUUCAUUAAUUGAUUAAUAACUAUUACUCUUGUAAAAUGAAGUAUGCAUGGCACAGAGGAGUCGAAUGCUUGUUUCCUGUCACGUAACAGAAAACCAGAAUAACUGCACAGUUCCAUGACCUUUUUGUAACCAACCCCCUACAAAUUCUAGGGAAUUUUGUAACUAAUGCAAUAAUAUCUCUUUUUAGUGUUCAAAACUGCAUUCACUCAUCACAUGCAACUUCCCCUCACCUAUUAUAAGAAGAACACACAGCAGUGCAAAGACUCCAAACUCUCAUUUGUGUUGUGGUUUGCAGAAGGUAGAAACGAUGUGAUUCUCUUCUUAACAGUGGCAGAGGACGCUGUUCAUUACCUUCUCCACAGUGAACCAAGCCAAUAUUGGUGGAUCUCGCUUGAAAAGCCAGUAAGAUGCAGUUUUUGGCAAAAGCAAUGUUUAGUUACCCCACAUUUUGCCUCCUCUUUCCUGUAGGUGGAGCCAAACCCCAUAACCUAUGCCUAUUGAAACAAGUGCAUUGCAAAGGUCAGGUUAUAAGCUCAGCACUGAUUCUGUCUGUGUUUAGCCUACAAGGAAAGCCUAUAUAGUAUUGUCCGCUGCUGUGUUGAUGCAUCAAGUUUCUAGACUGUUCGACAAUUUCAAAGAUUGUCUUCCAUUAGUAUAUUUACUAUAUAAAUCCUAUUUUGAAGAAGUUUGCAACAUGUACUUGAAAUCUGCAACUGAAUUGUUCAGUAACACAGCAAUCAAAUUGGGAUCACGUUCAUUUUUAAGUUUUCCCACUAGCAAAAAUAAAAUUAAGAAAUAGCAUGGAAAAUGGCUGUGCUCUGAAUUUGAUUUAGUUUCAUGACUAAUAUCCCAAUACCCUGGCUCUCACUCCAACACAUGUAUAUGUGUGGCAACUGAAAGGGCUCAUGACUUGGCUGCCUCUAGACCUUCAAACCCUAUAUAUAUUUUCUGCAAUCACAAAUGGAGCUGUUUAUAUGCAUGAAACCGGCAUAUAGAUGAACUGGCAUUGGUUCAUCUUCACAAAUACUGUCUACUAUGGCAGCAGCUCUCAAGGAAAGUUUGUCAGUUAAAGAUCUCAAGCAGGUAUCCUUGCCACCCAAGUCACCUGAGAUCCUUUAACUGAGCAUGCUGGUACCGCUAACCUUCAUAUCCUCGUGGUACCUUUACCCCCAAACAGGCGCAUGAGACAACUGAAGCAAACUAGCUAUAAAAAUUCUAGUUUUCUAGAGUGACAUCCUAUGUUCCUGACAAGUCUGUCUUACACACUGAGAAAAGGCACAUUUUAUAUGAAAUAGGGAGAAGGCUUGAAACACACAUGGAACUCAUGUACCACCCAGUGGUCUGGUUCACAUAUCAUGUUACGGCAAAGCAUGGCUUAAUAAAAAUGUGCCAACUCCCAGGGAAGAGAUCAUGGUCACUUUGCUCCUCCCUACUUGUUUUGCUGCUGUGCUAAGCUGUGGUUUGGGCUUAGCAUUCAAACUCAAGCUCAUGACUUAGCUGUCUCUAGACAAAUCACAAACUGAAACUAAGGUUUGUCCUAUGGUUUUUACAGCUCAUGGUUUGUCAGGGAGAGCUAAAUCAUGAGCCCAGGUUCAGAUGGUACCCUAAGCCAGACCGCAGCUUAUGGCAGGUGCAAAAUGACUGGGGAGGAGCACAGUGACUGUUUUCACCAGGAACCGCACACAUUUGCUCAUUUGUGCUAAGCCAGUGAGUUCUUUGGCUCAGUUGGUGCCAUGUGGUUUCCCAAUACAGUUGAAAACAGCCGACAGAUAUUUCUCAGGAUCAUAUUAAAUAACUGCCAUAUUAAACUUCUGUAUUGUAAGUUUGCAGGCAUGCAAGUUUGCAACUUCAAGCGAUCAGAAUGUAUUUGUAUCCUGCAAUUACAAAUCGUACCAAGGAUACCAUUCAUUUGCAUUGUUUUCCAGUGUAUAAAAGUUUGCCAUUGAAAUGUGUUUAUUUCCUUGCUGGUUCACAACCAGGUGACAAGAAGUAGGUGAUUUACAGCUGUCUACUAGCUCACAUAUUCAUUUUGCUGCUACUGGUGUUUAUCUCUAGGGUAUGCAAUAGUUUAAUGUGCUUAGCUAUACUUUAAGUCAGAGUUUGUCAGCAUGUACCUCCAGAUGUUACCGGACUACAGCUCAUGUUAUCCCUGGCCAUUGGUCAUGCUCACUAGAGUCCAGCAAUAUCUGGAGACACCACAGUGGCUAUCCCUGCUUUAAGCUAUAGACUGACGUAGAGCAAAGAGGAAGAAGCUGAGAAGUCAGCUAACCUAGCUGCCACCCAUGGGGCUCCAGCAGCAGCUGUGUCCUACAGUAGUAUUCUGAUGACAAGCGCUGGGAAUGAACAUAGAUAAAAGGUGUGGUUGGAAGAGAAGAUGCAGCUCAUGUCUAUCCUAUAACCAGCCGUAUAGAAAUUUAGUCCUAUGAAAGGGAGCAGAAAGGAGAACAAAAGUGAAGAAAAUCCAAGCUCCAUUCUUGCUGCAAAUGGGGGGCAGCUGCUGUUCAGGCUUUGAGGGGGAUGUGUGUUUGACUGUGCUGUUGCAAAGGACUCAAGAGGCUACUAUUGUGCUCUGGGUUCCUGUGGGACAAGAGGCAGCUUCACAAACUGUCUUUCAUUCAUGGAAGCUUUGGAACCACUCAUGCUUUCCCACUGACAGGAAUUAAUCAUUUAAUACUUUGAUUUCUUCCAGAGUUCAGCUGAACAAUAACUAAUGGAAGGGGUCUGCCUUCAAAGGACAUGAUUUGAUGGAAGCAUCUGUGUCAUCAGUUGUCUUGUUGUCUCUGCCCAUGCCAAAAAGCAGAAGACAGCUUCAUCAUACACAGGCCAUGGUUUUGACAAUAACCAUAGCCUUGACAAGAAUAGGACAGUGACUUUCCUUUUAAAUUAUUUUGUUAAAUAAGAAUAAACAAUGGACAUAAAUUAUGGAAAAUGCAUCAUGAAUUACUGCACAAUGGACUUAAUACAAAUUGCAUAAAAACUCUGAAAAGCGUAUGUGCGAACAUAAAAGUAAAGGCAGGAAGAAAUGACCUCAGAUUCAGCAUCCCUUUCCUGACUGCUCUUUAAAAGCAAGAGGAGAAGUCAAACAAAAAAAUGUUGUUUUACAGAUGUACCAAGUUCCAGCUCAUUCAUUCUCUCCCUCCCUUGCAUCAAGUACAUCCUGUACUUUUGGCAACAAGUUGACUGGAUAUUUAAAAGCUGCGAACUGCUCUGAAAGUUUCACAUAGUGGGUUAUGGGCCAUGUGUGUUUGAUCAAAAUUCAAUUACUGCACUGUGCCAGGCUUGGAAACCUAUCAUUGCAAGUUAUGAAGUAUGACGAAAUAAGCUACUCUAAUUGGUUCAGUAUGGGGAGCAGUCUCAACCAAGCUUGUUAUGAUAAAUAGCUUCCUGUGUUAAAGGUUCUCUGGAGCUUAAGUGUCUUGGCUCACCUCCUUCAACAGAAUAAGAAUAUUGUUCCCUAGGAACACUUACAUCACUGUCCCUCUCCCCAAUUCAGAGCUAAAUGUUUGUAGCAUUUUCAUCUUGCUGUUCGUGAGGAAUAUAAACAAUGGUCAUUGCUGUCAUUUCCCUUGUCUUCUUUCUGUCACUUCUUCCAACCAUAAAGCAUUUUUGCUUUUCCCGGUAUGAAGAGAGGUAUAAAAAGUCUCUUAAUAUUUCAGCACAACUACCGUUGGCAAUUUCACUUUUGUCAGUUUUGUUGCCACCUGGAAAGUCUUAACUGUUGUUUAAAGUCAAGUCCACUUCAUAAGAGCUAAAAUAAGAGGGGAAUGCACUGUGUCUCUAAGCCUACAUCAGCACUUGUUAAAUGAGUUGCUGAAAGAGCGAGCUCAGUUACUGACUUCAUAGUUUUACUUAUGGAAGCAGUGUCUGUUCUCUUAUUCUCACAACAAUAGCCAGCUGUGAAGGAACAAGCGCAGAACAACCCCUGGCUAGAUAGAUAGAUAGAUAGAUAGAGUCGGCAACAAGAGUCUUUGUAAAAAGAUGGCUAUCCAGCACUCUCAGCCGCUUUAGAAGGAUUUAAAACUGUUUGCCUGCCAUUUUGUUAAGAGGAAGCUAUGGAAUAUAUAUGCCUUUCCUUUAGUGGUUUGACCUGCUGGACUCAUUUACGUGUACAGGUCAUAAUGUGGUCCUCAAUCUUCUACGUUUGAUAAUUGAGGAUACCAAGUGCUGUUAUCCGGUUACCAUUUGUUUUCUGAGCUUUGAUCUCAUCAUAGCUUGCCAUAAUAUUUAAAUGUCCUGUUUAACCUUCUGCUAAGAGAUGUGCGUAAUGCUGAAGUCGGCAUUUCCAGUUUAUGCUAGAUCCACUGCAAAAAAAAGAGAAAUGUUCCAUUUUAAAAAGCAAUCUCCUUAGUCAUCACUUAAUCAAGCGAUGACUAAGUGCAGCAAUACAAAAUUAGGGGGAGGAAAACUUGGUACAAUAAAUUUGAGUAUCUACGUCAGAGUAGGAUGAGAAAUAAACCCUGCCAUUGCUUUUGUAAAUCAGAUGUGAUCAAAUACUUUAGGAUGGGAGGAGGGAGCAUGUUAAAUGUCCUUAGCUUGAAUACUGAACUUUGCAGAUUUUAAAGAUUUAUUUAUUUUUUAACAAUAGCAGGUAGAUGAUAGUAAUCAUGUUAUGGCUUUUAAUAAAGUUCUGACAAGAAGUAACUUUACCUUUAAAAAUAGAAUGUGACUGCAGGCACUUAUGCUAAUCUUCCUUUUGGCAAAUCAGCUUUUUUUGUAUUGAAUCUCGCUUGAUUGAAUAGCACUGGAGCUGCCAGAGUAAAUGCUAUUAUCAAUGCACAGUAAUUAAGGAAAUAGUCCUUGUCACUCGAACAGCGUCCAGGCUGUGCCUGCUGUAAUAAAGUUAAAUGAUAAAGAAAUCUCUUUAAAUAAAGUGCAGCUACUGGAGUGUGGUUACUUCUGAAAUGCAGUGGAACAAUGCAGUGGAACAAUUAUUGGUGAUAGGAAAAUAUGCCCACUGAACACAAUGAGAAUGUAGACUUCCAAAACAUAUAACAUAUAGCAUUAAACAAUUAAUCUUCUGAUUUAAA